AUGCUUCUUAUAGGAGGAGACUCAAAGCUUCGAGACUGGCAAACCGUCUUGAACGAUGUGAAUUUAUGCCAUGUUUUGAAGAGGAUCUACACCAACCUCACAGAGGUCGCCACCAGUGUUGAGGGCGCCGCUGACCUACUACGUGAGAAAUGCCCGGCUGGUGCGGUAUUGCGGUUGCAGACUUUCCCCAGUCGAUAUCAAAAAACCAUUGCUGAUUACCUCCCCGAGGGCAUGUGCCAUCCCAGAGACUACACUCAUGUAGCUCAAGUGGUCUAUAUCGAUGGACUCUACCUCCUGGGCAUUUGCCAGCCAGAAGAGUGUUACAUUGGAAACAUAGUGGAGACAUCUAAUGGUCGGUUAACUGACAGUGUUUGUAAAGCCGAAUACAAAUUGGCUGAGGCGUUCAGACGAUUCGGUUUUGAAUUCGGCGAAAAAAGGGACGAAAUGACGGCCAUAGACGUCGGGGCCAGCCCGGGUGGUUGGAGUCGGUACCUCUAUAAUGAAGGUGUUGGCAGAAUCAUAGCCGUGGAUAAAGGGGAAGUUGAUUGUUCGAAAAGUGAUGGUAAAAUCGAGCAUUGGGAUAUGCUUGGUCAGGAGGCUAUUCAGAAGCUGCUAGAGCACGAAGGCCAUAGGGAGUCACUCGAUGUCUACGUUUGUGACGCCAAUUUGCCACCACCCGAGAGUCUUGCGAUGUUGAGGCAGGCAAGUGAACUCAUCAAACCGGGAGCGUACGUGGUGGUGACGUUUAAGAAUCCGUACAAGAGGAAGGCGGAUUGGUACAAAGCCAAAGAGCUCAGCUUUGACGAUUUCUCUACCAUAUGUGAUCAUCCCACUGAAGUGCAUUUGCUGGCGAACACCCCAAAUGAGACCACAGUUGGUGGGCGGUGGAAGAAGCAACUCGACUGAUG